UGAUAGGAAUAAGAGCACUGUACCACCAUCCUUGGAUACUUCAGGAGUUAGUCCUGCUGUACUUCUUCGUUUCAGGUUACCUACUGCUUUCUCGACUUCUGCUAGUGUUGGGGGGCCUAUCUCAAUGUCCCAUUCAGGAUCCGACUGGAUAGAGGGCAACGCAAUGGUGGUUGGAGGCCAGUUAAACUGUCCCUCGAAGUAUUCUGCUCAUCGUUCCAAUCGCCUCCCCUGCGAGUUAAUCGCAGACCCGUCCUUCUCCGCUAUGGUCUCACUAAUCGUUGUUGACCUUCCUCUCCCAGUCUCCUUAAUAAGUCUAAAUAACUGUCUACUGUUACCAAUCGCCGCUGCCUUUUCUAUCUCUAGCCUUCACUGCGCACCACUUUGUGAUCGUUGCGUAGACUUUUUCUCAAUCUACUUUUAAGUUGCGUUCGCUCUUCGUUGUACUCAAAGCCUGCAGGAAUGCGUUCACGUGCAUCCAUUAGUUGGGAAGAAGCUGCUGAUAUCCACUGGCUCUUUUUAGCCACUAUUUUGGAGUCGGCUACGGUCUUCAACGCUGCUUUUACAGUAGACUGGAGAUGGCACCAAGCUUCUUCUAGAUGAGUGGUAGUCUUCUGUUCUGGUAACUGCCUAGCCAACUUCUCACUAAGUAGGGCUUUGGUGUUUUCGUUGUCCAGCAGCACUCGUAGUGGUUUUGUUGCCAAGUUUUUCCUACACCCAUUGAGACACAGGCAUAUAUGCGCUCGGACCAACGCGUGAUCGCUACCCAAACAUGUACUCCAGAAGGAGCGUCAAUCUUCCACCGAUCCUCUCCAGCGAUGACUAAUAGCAAUGUGGUCUAUCUGUGUCCAUCGCUGAGUUGAGCUCGGUGGACGCCAGGUCAGACAGUGUCUUUCUUUAUGUCUGAAAUUUGUGCUAGCUAAAAAUAGGCGGUUACCUGAGCAUAGUUGUAGUAGGUGAUCACCGUUAUCUGUUCGUUCACCCGGACUCCAAAAGUGCCACUUAAGUGCCUCUUUACCUCACUCAGUCUAUCUAUCUGUGCAUUGAAGUCACCUGUAACGACCACCACAUCUGGUCGUUUGGCUUUCGAGAGUAGGCUAGACACUUUACGGUAGAACUCGUCCUUGACUUCAUCCGGACUGCAGUCAGUGGGUGCGUAAGCAGGGAUUACAAAGAGACAACGGCAAAUCUCACUAUUCCUCUUAGUUCUCACUGUGCCGUCCAGUCGGAUAGCGUACAGGCGACUAUCAACUGGGAUCCGGUUUAGUAAUGAGUUUUCUGCCCUAGUGCUUAAUACCAUGCAUACAUCUGCAAGACCGCUAGAUUUAGCUAUCGAAUCUCCAGAAACUCGAAGGGUGAAUUUUGCGCAUUCACCAGAUUGGUCGAGAUAGGUUAGGUGAAUAACCGCACUUGGGUCCAUAGUUUCAUAAUGCGAUAAGAGUCUUCAGUAAAACGAAAAUAUUAGUCUUACAUUUAUGUUACUUGGGCCAAAUUAUAUUUUUGUUUGUAUAGUAUUUUCAGUUUGACGAGUGAAAUUAUCAAGUAUUCUGGUUAAAUAUCAGGUGAAUGAGCUUGCUAACUUUGUCUUAAGCGUAUGGCGAAGCGUAGACUAGUGGGUUCUAGUCCUCAAGUUGACAAGAAUCAGUGGUUGAGAACUCUUGCUAGUAUGACUUAGAAUCGACCACAAGGGCACAAAUGGACACACUUUAGAUCAUCGGAAUUCGUACAUUUUCAGUAACCUUCAUCUGUUUAUUCUUACUCCACUCAUCGACUUUUCUCCAUUUUUUGUCUACCUUUUUACGUGCUGCUGUGAGGGGAUGUACUUUUCUGCUGCGUUCUGUGUUGAUUUCUUUGCUGUCUCUAUCUGCGUACUUCGCUAAGAAGGAUAGCCUGUAUUUGCUGAAGGUUUCCUCUUGAAGUUCACGAAAAGUUCAAUGGAUUUAAUUCCACUUGGGUAAUUGGUACUCUAAAAAUAUAUGAAGUUCGGUGAUUGCCUGAACUAUCUUCAUGUUUUAAGAAAAAAAUAGAAUAGCGAUGCGGAGAAAUAGAAAAUAUUUUUCGUUGUGCCGUUUUUCACUAUUUUUGCAGCACUGUAGUUGAUUUUGCCUUCUAUAUGUCAUUGGAUGAAAAUGUGUAUUGCGAACUUACUAUAAGCCCGCUAACAUUUUAGUUAUGUUUUUACAAAUGUGGUACACUUAGAUUUUUAUUUAUUCAAUUUUAGGCAAGCAAUCUCCACUGUGCUUUAGCUGUGGCUUUAAGUGAAAAAUCAAUACCACCCCCUCCUAAGUUCAUCAAACAUCGUGAAGAGCUAUGGAAUAGACUGAAGAAAGAGCAUGAUGAUUUUAUUGCUUCCCAACCACGUUCUCCAAUCGAGAUUACCUUGCCAGAUGGUUCCAUUGUAGAUGGAAAGGCUUGGGAAACUACUCCAAUGGAAGUGGCCAAAAAUAUUAGUAAAACUUUGGCCGAACACGCUGUGAUUGCGAAGGUCAAUGGGGAGUUAUGGGAUCUGUUACGUCCUUUUGAGAAGAAUUCUAGUCUUGAAGUUUACAAUUUCGACCACAAAGAUGGUCAGUAUGUGUUUUGGCAUUCCUCCGCUCAUGUUCUUGGUGAAGCCUUAGAACGUUGUUACGGCGGCCACCUCUGCUAUGGACCACCUGUUGAAGAAGGAUUUUAUUAUGAUAUGUGGGUUCCUAAUCAACAACAAUCUGGUCUACGACCAGAGGAUCUUGCUGUUGUGGAGAAUUUAUGUCACAAUAUUUGUAAAGAAAACCAGCCUUUCGAAAGAUUAGAAAUGAGAAAAGAAGACCUGUUGAGCAUGUUCGCUUAUAACGAAUUCAAAUGUCGUAUAAUUCGAGACAAGGUGGAUACACCAACUACUACAGUUUAUCGAUGUGGCCCUCUCAUAGAUCUGUGCCGUGGACCACACGUUAGACAUACUGGUUGUAUAAAGGCUCUGUCAGUUACCAAAAGUAGUUGUUCAUAUUGGGAAGGUAAAGUGGAUGCUGAAACUCUCCAGCGUGUAUAUGGCAUUUCCUUUCCAGACCCGAAGCGUUUAAAAGAAUGGAAACAUAUGCAGGAAGAAGCAGCUAAACGCGACCACCGUAAACUUGGAAUUGAACAGAAAUUGUUUUUCUUUCAUGAACUCUCGCCUGGUAGUUGUUUUUUCUUGCCUGCUGGUGCACAUAUCUACAACACAUUGGUUUCAUUCAUUCGUUCUGAGUAUUGGAAACGUGGAUUCCAAGAGGUGAUCACUCCAAAUAUUUACAAUUCUGCAUUAUGGGAACAAAGUGGACAUUGGCAACAUUAUAGUGAAAAUUUAUUUAAAAUUGACAUUGAGAAACAAACAUUUGGUUUAAAACCUAUGAAUUGUCCUGGCCACUGUUUGAUGUACGCGAAAGAGAUUCGUUCGCACAGAGAGUUACCUUUACGAUUUGCUGAUUUCGGUGUGUUACAUAGGAAUGAAUUCUCUGGUGCGUUAUCUGGACUUACUCGAGUUCGUCGUUUCCAGCAGGAUGAUGCACAUAUUUUCUGUCGUGAGGAUCAGAUUAAAGAUGAGAUCAAAAGCUGUUUAGAUUUCUUGAGUCAUGUUUAUGGAGUAUUUGGUUUCUCAUUUGAUUUAUACUUAUCUACCCGUCCGGAGAAGUUCAUGGGUGAAAUUGAAAUGUGGAAUCGUGCUGAAAAGCAACUUAAAGAAAGUAUGGAUGAGGUUGGUAUGAAGUGGGAGCUUAAUCCUGGUGAUGGAGCCUUUUAUGGGCCUAAAAUAGAUAUAACUAUUAUGGACGCUUUGCGUCGUCGUCAUCAGUGUGCUACAAUUCAGUUAGAUUUUCAAAUGCCAGUCAGAUUCAAUCUCUCUUAUGCAUGCGAAAGUGAUAAUCCAACUGCAGGCGAUAAUGCUUCUAAUCCAGUCAAUGGUGUAUCCAACAAUGAAACAUCCGAUCACCAAACCGAAUCGAAUCUUCAUCGACCUGUCAUUAUUCAUCGAGCUAUUUUGGGUUCAGUUGAAAGAAUUAUAGCAAUCCUCACAGAAUCCUAUGCAGGGAAAUGGCCAUUUUGGCUUAGCCCCCGGCAAGUUCUCGUAGUUCCUGUUGUUUCAGCGUGUGAUGAAUAUGCAAUCGAAGUUAAAAAUCGUCUACAUGACGCUGGUUUUAUGACUUCAGUAGACACAGAUCCUGGUCGUACGUUGAACAAAAAGAUCAGAAAUGGACAGUUACUCCAGAAUAACUUUAUACUAGUGGUUGGGGAAAAAGAAAUCGUCAAUGGAACUGUAAAUGUACGUACACGAGAUAACAAAGUCCAUGGUGAACAUCCCGUUGAACAUGUUAUUGAGCGAUUCCGUCAGUUGGCUGCAUCCAAAACACUUGAGGCAGAGCAAGAAUUUUAAUUAUGAACAAAAUUUUAUACUACUGUAGUUCUGCAUACUUUUUUGUCAAGUUUGCAUAGAACAAAGUGGAAUGGAUUAUUUUAUAAUUUCCUG